AUGGACGAGUUUGCACAGACAGGAGCACAGCAAGAUGAUCUGUUUGACGAUAUCCAGUACGACCAGUCAAUGCAGACACGUGGAGAUGAUCUGUUCAGCCAUGAAAUACAACCCGUGAAUCAAGAGGUCCAUCAUACCACCGAACCAGAGAAGCAAGAAGAACCAAGCAACCAACCAGAGGCAGAAGUACCAACUGUGACUACUGAGGUGGUGUCAGAAUCAGCAACAGCCCCUGCAAAGUCAACACCAACACCUACGACUUCGACACCAGCUCGCGGUGGACGUGGAGGCGCUCGAGGAAGGGGAAGAGGCAGGGGUCGCAAUAACCAGGAUCGCAAUAAUCAGGAUCGCAAUAACCAGGAUCCCAACGACCAAGACCGCAGCCAACAGAAUCGCAACGACCAAGACCGCAGCCAACAGGACCGUACCAACUCAGACCGCAAGACCCAUGAACCUCGUCGCAACAACAACAACGAGUCUCGCCGUAACAACCAAGACCGUAACAAGAAGGAGCCGCAAUCAAAAGAUGGCCCAGCUGACAAGCAAGAACAACCACCGUCAGCUGCUACCGCCGAACCCUCAAAGCCAGCUACCAACUCUGUACGCGGUGACCGUACCGCCACUGGAGGCCUUCGCAAGCCCAAGCUCAGUGAACAAGAGUUGGCCGAGAAGAUGUCAAGAAUAUCGCUCAAGAAUGAGAAGCUUGCAGCCGCACACGCAAGAGCUGAAGCAGAUGCCGCCGACUUUGCCGAGCGUGAAGAAGUCGCAGCCAAACGUCGACAAGAAGAACGAAGAGACAGACAACAAAUGAUGGGCGAAAGAGAAAAGAACAGGUUACGCAAACUCAAGGCUGUGGGCGGUAGGGAAUGGGAUGCUGAGAAGCCUGACGAUGCAGAUGCCUUCGGAGGUCCUCGGCAGGCUGGUGGCAGAGGACGUGGUGCACAUGGAGGAAUCGCUGGUCAACGGAACCCAGAUGGCUCUCGUGAGGGCUUUGGCGGCGACAAAGAAGACUACACUGAUGGACGCGAGUACAUGUAUCGCGAGGAUCGGGGCAGAGGCAGAGGCCGUGGACGAGGAGGUCGUGGUGGUGGCCCCGGUAGAGGUGGACGUGGCCCACAGCAAGAGAGACAACCCUCUCAAUCUGUACCAAAGCCCACAGAUUUCCCAGAUCUGUCUGGCUCGGCCUCAGCUCCCAAGUUUGAUACCGCUCCGCCACCGACCAUGGCCUUCCCGACAAAGACGAAGCUUGAGCAGCUCGACAUUGAUGACACUCCUGGCACGGAGAAGAAGUCCUGGGCUGAUAUGAUGGAGUAA